CCUCAUUCAAAUUCCAUGGAAGUCCAACUGAUGUGACGGAUAAAGAUUGCCCUAGGUAGUUGAGGACCUCCUCUGGCUUCUCUUGUGUCUUUUGUGCACACAGGGCACAUAGGUACAAGAGCUCCUGCAUUGACCACACAAAAAACUGCCGCGAAAAUGUCGACCCGUCGGGGCCUGUUCAUCGUGUUCGAAGGAUGUGAUCGGACGGGAAAGACCACUCAAGUCAAGUUGCUCGCGGAGGCUUUGGCGGGAUUGGGCCACAAGACCGAAUCCAUAGCGUUCCCCAAGCGCAGCACCGCCACCGGCAAGCUGCUCGACGCUUAUCUCUCAAAGGGCGCCAACCUCGACGACCACGCCGUUCACCUGCUGUUCUCCGCCAAUCGAUGGCAGGAGGCCGAAUCGAUACGUCAAGCAGUCGCGCAACAGAGGACGGUGAUUUGUGACCGUUAUGCCUACUCCGGAGUCGCCUUCACGGCCGCCAAAUCUCUCGAUUUCGCGUGGUGCCAGCAGCCCGACAGGGGACUGCCGGAGCCGGACGUCGUUUUGUACAUGAGUGUGCCGCCUGACGCGCUGCACGCCCGUGACGGCUUCGGCAAUGAACGGUACGAGAACGCCGAGUUUCAAGCCAAAGUUUGCGCGAACUACGAUCGUUUGGCUGCGCUAGAUAGCGGCAGUGGUCGUUGGGUAAAUGUCGACGCGACACAAAGCAUUGAGGCGGUUCAUCUCAACGUCCUCAAAGCUGUGUUAGAUGCUAUGUCCAGAGGAGUCGGCGAUCUGGGAAAGCUUUGGUGGAAAUAGCCACGGAGCCGUUGUGAUCGAGCUGCUAGAAAUGCCGUGGUUGCUGUCGUUUUGAUAUGUGCUGAAAUACCGGAGAAACUGAAAUGGCACGCUUCGCCUCUAACAUUCUGCGUGUAAAAGAAGUGUUUCUGUAUGUACGACAGACUGACGAUUAUUUUCAUUAAAAGGAAUGCAUGAA